UAUUUACUUUAUAUGUUUCAUUUACUUAUUCGUAUUUUGUAAUUUUCCUGACGAUCAACCGGAAGUAGUGUGUCCGUCUCCGUAUUCCUUCCGCUCCCGGAACUAAUAGUUGGUGUUUGAGCCGUGAUGAGGACGGCGGAGUAAGAAGCCAGUGUUUCUAGUUGUGUGAAGAAAGAGCGACAACACAAACUGCUGGAUGUUCAUUUUGAAAAGCUGAAACUAAACUACAAAGAGCAGAAAAGGGUGAAAAUGUGCGGGGUGCAGCUGCUGCGGGUGUCGGUCCAUGAGCGGAUGCGCGCCGCCGCUGAAGACGUCCUGCUGCGGGUGGAAACAGGAGAAGAAGCGGCGCUGAGAGCGCUGCUCACCGAGCGGCUAACGGCGGCUGCGGAGGAGAUCGUCGGUCUGUUGGAGGAAACCGUGGCGGAGUACGAAGACAGAGUGGAGCGGUCAGAGCGGGAGAUCUGCCGCCAGAGGAGGCUGCUCGAAGCCGUGCUGAAGCCCCAAGUCCGGCUGCACAGAGCAGAUUUACCUUCAGCUGUCCAGUACGUGAUUGUUGUCAAAAAGGAGUCACAGGAGCAGAGCUGCAGUCAGAACCAGGAGGAGCCAGAGCCCCCACACAUUAAAGAGGAACAGGAGGAACCUUGGACCAGUCAAGAAGAUGAAGAGAAACCUCAGUCCUCACAGCUUCAUCGAACACAAACUGAGCAGAUGAAAACAGAAGCUGAUGGAGAGGACUGUGGAGGACCAGAACCAGACAGGAACUCUGAUCCAGAUCCACAUUUACAACCUGAUUCAAGUCAACAGCUGGGAGACUCUUCUGAACCUGAGACUGAUGACAGUGCUGAUUGGAAGGAGACCGAAGAACCUCAGUCAGGCAGGCCUUUUUCAUGAUACAAGAUUUAGUAUGGGUGAGAAACCAUUUCGCUGCUCUGAGUGUGGGAAAAGAUACUCACAGAGAGCAUCUCUGAGUCGACACAUGCAAACACAUAAGGAGAAGAUAAGAGAGAAACCA